UUUUCCUUUGCAGGUGGCUACUACAUGCUUCUGGACCCCAGGAAUGCAAGACCCAGGCAGAGAUCUGUCUUCCUGAGUCCCCUGAGCCGCUCCUCCGGCUGUCUGAGCCUUUCCUUCCACUACACCCUCUGGGGCCAGUCUCCCGGUGCAGCCCUACACGUCUAUGCUUCAGUCUUGGGCAGCAUCCGGAGACACUCUCUCUUCUCAGGACAACCCAGACCCAACUGGCAGCCUGUUUCUGUCAAUUACACAGGACAGGGACAGAUACAGUUCGCCGUGGUGGGCGUGUUUGGAAAUAUCCCAGAGCCAGCUGUGGCGGUGGAUGACAUCAGCAUCGCACCCUGUGGGGAGAGCCUUCCUCAGUGUGACUUUGAAGAUGAUGACCACCCCUUCUGUGACUGGACCCAGACAUCGUUGAAUGGUGGACACUGGAGCCGGGGACAUAGAAAUGUACCCUUCCAAAGCCUAAAUUUCAUUAGAGGGGAUCACUAUAUCUACCUCGAAAGUGACAAGUUCUCCCAGGCAGGGCAGUCUGUCAGACUGGUGAGCCGGCCCUUCUGUGCCCCGGAUGACAUCUGUGUGGAGUUUGCUUACCACAUGUAUGGCCUUGGAGAAGGCACUACGCUUAAGCUCUUGCUGGGCAGUCCUGCGGGUAGCACCCCGAUUUCCCUCUGGAACCACGUUGGGUCCCAGACCCGUGACUGGCAGAACACCUCCAUCACCAUUUCUUCGGGACAUCCGCAGCCCAUGCAGCUGAUUUUUAAGGCCAUCAAGGGUAGCAACACUGCUUUUGUUAUUGCGAUGGAUUUCAUCUUGGUCAGUCAUGGGAUUUGUCGAGGUAAGACAGAACCCAAGGGGACCGGUGCUUGCCUGAGUGAAUGUGGCUUUGGUGCCAUGCAUGUCGGUGGCUGCUUCCAGAACCUCUCACCUAGUGAUCCUGAAGCACAAGCACCAACAGUGCCUCCUGCCACAUCUCCAGUUUCCCCCACUGGCCCUUCUGAAACCACCAGGCUCACAAGAAAACCCACCAUUCCCACAGAGACAACUACGGUCCCCACAGGAGAACCCACCGUCCCCACUGAAACAGCUACGGUCCCCACAGAAGAACCCACCGUCCUCACAGAGACAACUACGGUCCCCACAGGAAAACCCACCAUCCCCACAGAGACAACUAUGGUCCCCACAGAAAAACCCACCGUCCACACUGAAACAACUACGGUCCCCACAGGAGAACCCACUGUCCACACUGAAACAACUACGGUCCCCACAGGAGAACCCACUGUCCACACUCAAACAACUAUGGUCCCCACAGAAAAACCCACCGUCCACACUGAAAAGCCUACUGUCUUCACCAAAGAGACCACUGUCUCCCAUAAGGAGCUCAUUGUUGUGCCUGGAGAGCCCACAACUACUGUGACACUCCAACCCGACAUAGUCCUGGUGCCCCCCAAGCCAGCACCCCUGGUGAUGGUGUCUCUACGUGGUCCAAGUACUUCCAUGACCAGAGUAACCCUGGGCAUCACCACAACCCCUGGACCUGCUGCAGAGAGGUGCCCCCCGAAUGCGCACUAUGAAUCCUGUGCUUGCCUUGCUUCUUGUAAGGACCCCAGGCCCAGCUGCGGGCUCCUCUGCCAGGGGGGCUGUGUCUGCAACCCCGGCUUUUUGUUCAGCGACGACCGCUGCAUCAAAGCCUCUUCCUGCUAUUGCUUAUACAACAACAACUACUACAAGACUGGGGCAGAGUGGUUCAGCCCCAACUGCACAGAACGCUGCCACUGCUGGCCGGGCAGCCAGAUCGAGUGCCAGAGCUCUCAGUGUGGGGCACAUACAGUGUGCCAGCUGAAAAACGGCCAGUAUGGAUGCCACCCCUAUGGCAUUGCCACCUGCUUGGUCUAUGGAGACCCUCAUUACGUCACCUUUGAUGGGAGGCACUUUGGCUUCAUGGGCAGAUGCACCUAUAUCUUGGCCCAACCCUGUGGCAACUCAACAGAUCCAUUCUUCAGGGUGACAGCAAAGAAUGAGGGAUGGGGACAGGAAGGCGUGUCCUGCCUGAACAAAGUCUACGUGACCCUGCCUGAGACCACCAUCACCCUGCUCAAGGGCAGACGCACAUUGGUUGGGGGUCAGCAAGUCACCCUCCCAGCCAUACCUUCUAAAGGUGUCUUACUGACUGCAAGUGGACGAUUUGUGGAGCUGCAGACGGAGUUUGGUUUGUGGGUGAGAUGGGAUGGCAACCAGCAGCUGUUCGUGAGUGUGGCCAGGACCUAUUCUAGCAAACUCUGUGGUUUAUGUGGGAACUAUGAUGGUGACAUCAACAAUGACCACCUGAAGCCGGAUGGCCACCCAGCCCGAGACGAGGAGGAACUGGGGAAAAGCUGGCAGAUGGCUGAGGACGAGGACAGGGAGUGCCUGGAGAACCUGGCAAGUCCCCCAUCCUGUGACUCAGCCUUGCAGAGCAACAUGUCGGGGCCAGGGUUCUGUGGACGGCUGGUCGACUCCCGCGGCCCAUUUGAGGCAUGCCUGCUUCACCUGAAGGCCACUUCCUUCUUUGACAACUGCAUGUUCGACAUGUGCAACUUCCAGGGGCUACAGCAGAUGCUGUGUGUCCACAUGUCAGCCUUGGCCACGAGCUGCCAAGAUGCCGGCUAUGCCAUGAAGCCCUGGAGGGAGCCCCAGUUCUGCCCUCUGGCCUGCCCGCCCAACAGCAGGUACUCCCUGUGUGCCAAACCGUGCCCUGACACCUGCCAUUCAGCGUUCUCUAGCAUGUUCUGUCCGGACCGGUGCGUGGAGGCCUGCGAGUGCAACCCGGGCUUUGUGCUCAGCGGCCUCGACUGCGUCCCCCGAUCGCAGUGUGGGUGCCUCGACUUCAAAGGGAGCUACUUCAAGGUUGGGGAGAAGUGGUACAGCCCAGGCUGCAUGGAGCUCUGUGUCUGUGAAGGCAACAACAGAAUUCGCUGCUACCCCUGGAUGUGUAAGGCCGAGGAGACCUGUGGCCAUCAGGACGGCGUCUAUGGCUGCCAUGCCCAAGGGGCUGCCACCUGCACUGUCUCUGGUGACCCUCACUACCUGACAUUCGAUGGAGCCCUGCACCACUUCAUGGGCACCUGCACCUACAUCCUGACCCAGCCUUGCUGGUCCAGGCCCCAGGAAAACCAUUUUGUUGUGAGUACCAGCAACGAGAACCGCGGGGGGAUCCUGGAGGCCUCCUUCGUGAAAGCCGUCCACGUGCGGGUCUUCGGCCUCCAAAUCUCGCUGCUCAGAGGCUGCAAGGUCAUGCUGAAUGGCCAUCGGGUGGCCCUACCUGUGUGGCCCUUGAAAGGCCGGGUGACCCUGAGGCUCAGUGGCUCCUUUAUCGUCCUCUACACAAACUUUGGGCUCCAGGUUCGCUAUGACGGGGUCCACUUGGUGGAAGUGACAGUGCCCUCGUCCUACGCAGGCCAGCUCUGCGGGCUGUGUGGGAACUACAACAACAACAGCUUGGACGACAACCUGCGCCCCGACAGGAAACCCGCAGAAAACUCCAUCCAACUGGGGGCCUCCUGGAAGCUGUUUGACUCCUCUGAACCUGGCUGCUUCCUCAUGGGGGGCAGGCCCUCCGGCUGCCAAGAGAGCAAAAUGGCAGACACCUGGAAUGAGAACUGUGCCAUCUUAAUGAACCCUCAGGGACCCUUCUCUCAGUGCCACCAGGUGGUGCCCCCGCAGGCCAGCUUCGCCAGCUGUGUGCGUGGCCAGUGUGGGACCAAGGGCGACAUCACGGCCCUAUGCCACUCCCUACAGGCCUAUGCAUCCCUGUGCGCCCAGGCUGGCCAGGCCCCUGUCUGGCGGAACAGCACCUUCUGCCCUCUGAGGUGCCCACCCGGCAGCAGCUACAGCCCCUGUGCCAGACCCUGCCCAGCCACCUGCCUCAGCCUGGUUGCCCCAAUGGACUGCCCAGCCUCGCUACCCUGUGCCGAGGGCUGUGAAUGCCAGAAAGGCCACGUCCUGAGUGGAACCUCCUGCGUGCCCUUCAGCCAGUGUGGCUGCGUCGACUGGAAGGGCUCCUACCACCUGGUUGGGGAGAGCUGGUACACGGAGAGCACCUGCUCCAGGCUCUGCACCUGCUCCAUCCACAACAAUAUCACCUGCCUCCAAACCGCCUGCGAACCCAACCAGAUGUGCUGGCCCCUGGAUGGGGUGCUCCGCUGCCGGGCCUCAGGUAUGGGAGUGUGCCGGGUCUCAGGGGAAGCCCAGUACGUGAGCUUCGAUGGCAGUAAACACUCUAUCCCGGGCACCUGCACGCACGUCCUGAUGAAAGUGUGCCACCCCAAGAUGAACGUGCCCUUCUUCAAGAUCAGUGCCAAGAACGAGAAGCUGGUAGACAGACUUGAGGCUUUCCAGCUUCACCAGGUCUACAUUGACAUCUACAAUUCCCAGAUCACCCUGCAAAAGAACCACCAUGUGCUGAUCAAUGGCAAACAGGUCACCCUUCCUGAGAGCUCUCAGAUCCCAGGGGUCAGCAUCACUUCCCACGGCAUCCACACCAUUGUCGACAUUAAGAUUGGAACACGAGUCAUAUUUGAUGGCCAUCGUCUCUUAGAGAUCGCAAUCCCUGAAGCCUAUUAUGGAAAGGUCUGCGGCGUGUGUGGGAACUUCAAUGGCGAGGAAGAGGACGAGCUGAUGAUGCCCAAUGACGAACUGGCCUGGAACGACCGAGAGUUUGUGGAGAGUUGGAAAGAUCAGGACAUCGACCCAGAUUGCAAAGGAGAUAACGAGCAGGAGAACCUGAGUGGGAACUGCAGAGCAGCCGACCUCCACAGCGCCCGGGAAAAAUGCGAGGCAGUCCUCAAGGCUCCGGCCUGGGCCCAGUGUGCCUCCCACGUGGUCCUCAAGCCCUUCCUGGCGGGCUGUGCCAACACCCUCUGCGAGUCUGGAGGCCUAAACCAUGCCCUCUGCGAGGUUCUGCAAGCCUUUGGGUCCGCCUGCCAGAGCCGGGGGCUCAAGGCCCCAAUCUGGAGAAACAGCAGCUUCUGCCCUCUGGAAUGCCCUGCUCACAGCAGCUACACCAACUGCCUUCCCUCCUGCUCACCUUCCUGCUGGGACCUGGAUGGCCUGUGUGAGGGUGUCAGAGUCCCCUCUACCUGUGCAGAGGGCUGCAUUUGUCAGCCAGACUACGUGCUGAAUGAUGACAAGUGUGUGUCCAGAAGUCAGUGUGGCUGCAAGGAUGCCCAGGGUGACUUCAUCCCUCCGGGCAAGACCUGGAUCUCCAGUGGCUGCACAGACAGAUGUGUCUGCAUAGGAGGAGCCAUUCAGUGCCGGGCCUUCCGCUGCCCCUCCGGGUCCCACUGCCAGCUCAGCUCCCACCACAGCAACAGCAUCUGCGCACCUGACAAUUCGCAGCAAUGCUCAGUGUUUGGGGACCCCAAUUACCACACGUUUGACCGCUUCAACUACCGCUUCUUGGGCCGCAUGACCUAUGUUCUGAUCACGACGGUAGAUGUGCUCCCUGAGGGGGUGGAGCGCUUGCUCGUGGAGGGGCGCAACAAGAUGCACCAGCCCUGGAGCCCCAUUGUCCUGCAUGAAGUGAUCACGACCGUCUAUGGCUACAAGGUCCAGCUCCAAGCUGGCCUACAGCUUGUGGUCAACAACCAGAAGAUGGCCAUCCCCUAUAGGCCCAACGAGCACCUGUGGGUCACCCUGCGGGGCCAACGGCUGUAUCUGGUCACCGACUUUGAGCUGGUCGUCAGCUUCGAUGGAAAGCGCAGUGCAGUGAUCUCCCUGCCCAGCACGUACCAGGGGCUCGUGCUCGGCCUGUGCGGGAACUAUGACAAGGACCGCAAGAACGACAUGAUGCUGCCUAAUGGCGCUGUCACCAACAACCUCAAUACCUUCGGCAACAGCUGGGAGGUGAAGACGGGGGACUCGCUCCUCCGUUUCCCCAGGGCCUUACCGGAGGAGGAGGAGGAGGAGAGCGGCGGAGGAGCAGCGGCGGGCUUCCAUGUGGCAGCGUGCAGCCCGGAGCAGCUGGUGCUCGUCAAUAGCACCCAGGCCUGUAGGGUGCUGGUGGACCCCCUGGGCCCCUUUGCUGCCUGUCACCAGACCGUGGCCCCAGAGCCCUUCCAGGAGCACUGUGUGCUCGAUCUGUGCUCUGCCGGGGACCCCAGCGAGCAAGAGGAGCUGCGCUGCCAGGCCCUCAGCGCCUACGCCAUCCUCUGCCAGGAGGCAGGCGUGGCCCUGGCCAGCUGGCGGGACCACACCCGCUGUGCCUUGACAUGUCCAGCCAAUACCGUGUAUCAGAGCUGUAUGACACCCUGCCCAGCAUCCUGUGCCGACCUGGCAGACCCCACGGACUGUGAGGGCCCUUGCGUGGAGGGCUGCGCCAGCAUCCCAGGCUACGUCUACAGCGGCACUCAGAGCCUCCCUCUGGCCCACUGCGGCUGCACCAGCAAUGGCAUCUACUACCAGCAGGGAGACAGCUUUGUGACUGAGGACUGCUCUCAGCGCUGCACCUGUGCCGGCGCCAGGACCUUGCUGUGCAAGCCCUUCAGCUGCAGCGCGGGGGAGACCUGCACCCUGGGGAACCUCACCCGGGGCUGCUUCCGAGAAAGCCCGUGUCUACGGAACCCCUGUCAGAAUGAUGGACGGUGUCAGGAGCAAGGAGCCAGCUUCACCUGCCAGUGUGAACUUGGUUAUGGGGGAGACCUCUGCACAGAGCCUCGUGAUUUGCCACCCCCCGAAAUGUCAGAGGCAUCCGGCUCUGUGGCCGUUCUACUGGGAAUGCUGGUGCCCGUGGUGCUUGUGGUGCUGGCGGCCACCAGAGAGUGCGUCCACAGAGUGAGGAGGAGGCAGAGGGAGAAGAUUUGGAGCCAGAACAGAGGUAGGGGGGCCAGAGCUGACACAGGUGCUGUUCCAGAGUGUGCCUUCAAAGUCACUCAGUUUUGAGUUGUCUUCAGACAAG